UCAAAUAAGAUUAUUCUUUGAAAUACAAAUUGGUGUUAUGUCGUCUCGUGAACCGGGACUGGCCUGUCAGAAAGGGCAUAUGGCUCAUGAUGAUCUCAUUAAAUUAAUUAUUAAACAUAGAGAAAGAUUCAGGUGAUCGAAAUGGAGUAUACAGAAGGAAACUGCAGAGACAGGCUUUUUGAGCUACCAGUGAAUAUAUUUAAUGUUUUCUCUUGUUCCAUGUGUUAUAAAUAUCUUUUUCACACGGGAAAUAAGUUAACUCCUCAGAUUGAGAAACCGUGGAUGCUUGUUCCCGCAGAAAAUGCCCGGACACAGUACGCUGAUAACUUUUCCGUCUUAGCUGACGUUAAAGACGCAAAAAAUCGUGACGUCAUAUGCAACUCACUUAACCGUGACGACUGUACGCGCUGGAUGGACUGUUGCAAGGCAGCAAUUAGAUGCUGUCAAAAACAAUUAAGCAUCUCGCAGAGUAAUGUCUCCUCCGGGUUAUGCCCGCGCACCUGGGACGGGUAUAGUUGCUUUGACGACGUCAUGUCCUCUACUCGAGUACAGCUGUCCUGCCCCAGCUACAUAGAGCAUGGGUCAACAUCUGCAUACGCGUACAAAGACUGUACAGAAAAUGGUACAUGGUGGGUGAACCCGGUUACAGGCUCGGAAUGGACAAAUUACACCACCUGUGUACCGAAACAGGACUACCAUACGGUGGUUUAUGUGGCGCUAGCUUGCAACAUCCUCAGCCUUCUUUUCCUCAUACCAGCGUGCAUCAUCUUUCUUGGCAUAAGACAGCUGAGGGUGCAGAAAAGAAUCAAGCUACAUCUCUGUCUCUUUCUGUCCUUUAUAUUCGCUUCCGUCGUAACGAUCACGUGGGACGUCGCUGUUUACCUAGACCGACUUCAAAACGAACGGACAAAUACCGUUAUGCACCAAAAUUCUGCGGGCUGUAAGCUACUGUACAUACUGACACGAUACGUUAGCACGGCAAACUUCUUCUGGAUGUUUGCUGAGGGUCUCUAUCUCCAUAGGUUAAUCGUCCACGCCUUCUCGCCGCCAAGGACACUUUUACCGUACUACUUGUUUGGUUGGGUUGGUGCCUGGAUUCCAUCUCUGAUCUACUCUAUUAUCAGAGCUACAAAACAGGAAUAUAAUUCCAGUUGCUGGGUACACAACAUAGGCCCAUAUGAAUGGCUACUCUACACACCCAAUCUUAUAUGUAUUGGGGCAAAUGUCCUCUUCUUGGCAAAUAUAUUGAAAAUAUUAUGCUCUAAAUUGCAAACUCAUCAAAAUGAGCCGAAAAAUUACAGGAAAGCGUUGAAAGCGACGUUUGUGCUAGUACCUUUGUUUGGUCUCCAGCAGUUCCUUGUGAUAUACAGACCCCUGCCGGGAACCACGCUUUCUUUUACGUACGAGAUACUGCAGAAGGUCGUUCAAAAUACACAGGGGGCGACUGUGGCGUUUAUUUUCUGCUUUUUCAACGACGAGGUAAACACAUACAUGAGAAAUUGCAUAGGAUCUUACAUUAGCAUCGGAACGUCAUCUAAAAAUCAUAACCGUAAAAGCAGCAUGUCUUCUUCAACGCAAAUCACGUCAUACACAUCUUCUGCGAUACAAAACACGAAAUGCAAUGACAAUACUGGUAAAAGUUAUAUACCGCUCAGUGCUAGUAGUACCACGCAGGAGUUAACAACACCGACCAAUGGUCACGUGACAUUUUCUGUAUGACGUCAGAACUGAUAAAACUGAAAGACAAUUGACAAGUGCAAAGUGUUUUAGAAAUCCUGGUUAGCAAAAAGCAUGUGUGAUUGGUUAUUGUACAGUUUAGCCUACUUUUUAGUUUUAUAUGAUAAGAAUUAUUUUCUUAUCAUUAUCAGUCUUUUGUAUUUGUUCUUUUUCAUCAAAGGGGAGUCAUUGCUGUUGAUUUAUACGUUAGAAGAUGACAGAUAAAAUUAAUAUCUGCUACUUUUUUCUUGUCUUUCAAACCUUUUUAUCUUUCAACUCUCAGAUUGUCGUAAGUGCUCAAUUAAAUCAAUAGUGCAGAUAUUUACCAAAUAUAUACCACUUAUUUUAAUGUGUUUACAAAAACAAUUUUGACAUGGGCAAUCAAAGUCAAAUGUAGAUUGAUAAGACCAAAAUGUGAGUAGAGUUUCAUAGCACAAACAUUACACCUGAAACAGAACAACAGAUUGGAACACACGCAGCAAAAUCAAAAAGUUUUAUAAUGAUCAUCAUGGAAAAUCGCCUUUACAAAGCAACAUUAAAUCUAGCUUUCCUUUGUUAUAUUUCUAUGUCAUGGGAAAUAACUCACUUUCCAUGUAAUUGAUAAGCAAUAUAUUUUUAAUCAUCUGUUCGUGUGUCCUUGUGUUUUUAGUAUUUUAGUAUAUUUGGCUAUGCCAGGGCUUAAAUAAGAUCCUUUAAGGUAAUACCUCGUCGGAGAUAAUUGUUAUCAAUUCAUUGAAAGUAUGAUAAUGGAUCAAGUGCAAUAAUUAACAGGA